GAUAUACAUAAUGCAAUGUGAUUGAUAAACAACAAUGGAGGUGAGGUCGACCGAAAUUAAGUUUUUAGACAAAUUUCUCGCUCUUGCAACUUGAAAGGCAAGAAGGUAGAAGUCAAGGGUCAGUUGACACCGACGCAGGUCAACUUGCCGUUGGUUAGUAACGACACAAAGCCUAUGGUUGAUUGGAUUUCUCCCGGGCCCCACAGAGACAGUUCAUUAUGUAACAGAAGGUACCUUUCGGAGUUUCAAGAAGGCAUAAGCACACGCUCUACGUUGUAGACACCUGACGUUAAGAUGGCACGGUAUCUGAUUCUGCUCGUGUUUGCGACUUUGUUCCACAACUCGCUCCAAUCAGGUUGCCAGACAGUCCGUAUUUCUGGGUCCACAACGCACCAGACCAGCCGGAUGACAACCUACACCAUGACGGGACAGAAUCACGACGGCCGGCCGGUGUAUCAGAGCUCCCGUGGAGACUACCUGUACUACGCCACAUCCGAUUCAACCUGGAAUGUUGGCAGCACCGUGGGGAGUACUACGGUGGGGAUGUAUCUUCGGGGCGACACCAGCUACUACGCUGACGACACGUCCGGCACAUGGUAUCUUUCCGCUGGCAGUGGCUUUCAGGCAGACAGUGGUGUGAGUGUCACGGGUACUUGUUCGACAGGUACAGUUGACACGUCGGGGCUGAGCACCGGGGCCAUCGUCGGUAUCGUUGUCGGAGUCUUUGCGUUGGUGGUGGUGGUCGUAGGUGUUCUGUGCUGUGUUUUGUGCUGCGCCGCCUGUAAGAAAGGCGGGGCUGUAGCAUCUGCACCACAAAACGUCAGUCAUGCUGUACCUGCACCAUCCGACCCACCACCGAUGUAUUCAGGCCCAGGCUACCCUCCACCCACAGGCCACCCUCCACCCCCUGGCGACACUUCUCAGGGCAGCCGUGGUCCAUCAGACACAGUGUUGAUCGUCGGUUUGGUUCGCAUCAACAAAAAUAAUGACACUGAUGAUCAACAAAGUUCAACAACAUGACAGUUUUCAAGCAGUCAAAAGCUGAAAUCUGUUCAGCGGCACACUUUCCUUUGCUUGAAAUGUUAGUUUCUUCCAUACAAGUAAGUUCAUGGGUUCAUGCUGCCAUUUUAGCUAAAGUUUAUCAGAUUGCCAGGGCAGAUAACAGGACAUAAAAUUUCGCAAAUUAUCAUAACUACUUGCGUGUGGAUCAAAUGGCUACAUUCCAUAAAGGUGCGUGAAGUUCAUGCUUUUAGACAGAAUAGAGAACUAGACAGCACAUUUUGUACAUUUUCGACUUGAGCUGCUUGCUUUAUUUCAACAGAAACCUUCCGUUGAAGGUGAAGACAUGUGAUACGAAAAGUAUUUUGUAAGUUACCUUUGUGAAAAUUAUGGCUGUAUGUGGUGUCAAUAAAUUUUUGUC